AGUCGUAGAGACUUUUAACAACAUUCCAGAAUUUGUCCGGUGUUCAUUUUGCCCAUUUGGACGUCACAACUGACAAAAGAGAAAUAUUUAUCAAAGGAGAAAGUGAGAUUUGUGAUAUCGAAGGACGAGAGGAAUGCAACAAAUAUGGAUUUCGCUGAAAACUGUGUCACGGACUCUCUGAGUUAUCACAAACAGUUCCUGUUCAGAGUCACCUCAGACGACCGCUCACUGUCCUCUGGUUGUUUCAUCAAACAAGAGCCUUCUUCCCUGCUGGGAUCUCCUACUAAUUACAGUCCCAGUGGAUCGUCUGAUACAAGUGGUUCAUUUAGCUUGGGUGGCACUCUGUGUGGACUGGACUCUUUUUUGUGCAGCAGCCACAAACAUUUUGACCUAUUCGAGCACUCUCAGUCCCCUGCCAUGUGCGAGUAUACCCUGGGUGCAGCACCCAGGAAGUUGUGUUUGGUCUGCGGAGAUGUGGCGUCUGGGUACCAUUACGGUGUGGCAUCCUGUGAAGCGUGCAAAGCUUUCUUCAAACGUACCAUCCAAGGUAACAUUGAGUACAGCUGCCCUGCCUCAAGACAGUGUGAAAUAACGAAGCGGAGGAGAAAGUCUUGCCAGUUUUGUCGCUUUAACAAAUGUCUGAAUGUUGGGAUGUUGAAGGAAGGGGUGCGUUUGGACAGAGUUCGAGGUGGGAGACAAAAAUACAAGAGACGUCAGGAAUCUGAAAAUAAUGUUUUCAAUGGAAUACAGAUUCCCCCAGGAAAACCCAUUAAAAGGAUUGUGUCAUACCUGUUGGUGGCAGAGCCGGAGAAAAUCUAUGCCAGGCCGGACCCAGCCGUGCCCGACAGUGAUAUUGCGGCUCUUACUAUCCUUUGUGACCUUGCAGACCGUGAGCUUGUGGUCACUAUUGGCUGGGCUAAACACAUUCCAGGUUUCUCCUCAUUGUCCCUUGGGGAUCAGAUGAGUUUGCUGCAGUCAGCUUGGAUGGAGAUCUUGCUGCUGGGCGUUGUAUUCCGCUCUCUGCCCUAUCAGAACCAACUGGUGUAUGCCGAGGAUUAUGUCGUGGAUGAAACCAGGUCACGCGUGAGUGGCUUACGGGAUCUUUACCUGUGCACGCUCCAGCUGGUACAAAAAUACCGCAAACUACGCGUGGACAAAGAGGAGUAUGUGACACUGAAAGCCAUAGUGCUCACUAACUCAGACUCUGCCCACAUUGAAGAUGUACAGCGAGUACAGAAUCUGCAGGACUGUCUCCAGGAAGCUUUGCAAGAUUAUGAGAACAUUCAACAUGCAAACGAAUCUCACAGAGCUGGGCAGCUCCUGCUCACCCUUCCCCUUCUGCGUCAAACUUCCAUGCGAGCUGUGCAGCACUUCCAUGCAGUGCGGGCUCAGGGCAGAGUGCCAAUGCACAAACUUUUCCUGGAAAUGUUAGAUGCUAAAGUAUGACCUGACAGGGGCACCCACUGAUCACGUUGAAGU